GCCAGACACUACCUGCCCGGUUCCCCUUAAAUUCAACAUCUGAGUACACAGACGCUCAGUCAAAGAGGAAGCUCGGUCAGUCCAUUCAGGUUCAGUUAGCUUUCGGACUUGUUGGGCAUCUAUCGUAUUUGCUGACGAGAGUGUUAAAACUUUAGAGCGGUUAGUGAGUGAUUGAAACAAAAAUGAAUGAAGUCUAUCAAAACGGAAACGGAAAUAAACGAGACAUGGCGACCCUGGUGAAGCUGUUCCAGCCGGUGAGCGAGAAGAGCAACGGCUCUGGCAACAAGGUGACGGUCGUGGGCUGCGGCCAGGUCGGCAUGGCCGCCGUCUUCUCCAUGCUCACUCAGAAUGUGACAAACGACGUGGCCCUGGUGGACAUGAUGGGGGACAAGCUGAAGGGCGAGAUGAUGGACCUGCAGCACGGGUCCGCCUUCAUGCGGAACGCCAAGGUCAACGCCAGCCAAGACUACUCCAUAACGGCGGGGUCCAAGAUCUGCAUCGUGACGGCGGGGGUGCGGCAGCGGGAGGGGGAGAGCCGGCUCGACCUCGUGCAGCGGAAUACCGACGUGCUCAAGUGCAUCAUUCCACAGCUUGUAAAAUACAGUCCGGACGCCAUAUUCCUGAUCGCGAGCAACCCGGUGGACAUCCUGACCUACGUGACGUGGAAGCUGAGCGGCCUCCCACGCCACCGCGUCAUCGGCUCGGGCACCAACCUGGACAGUGCUCGCUUCCGGUACCUGCUGUCGGAGAAGCUGGGUAUAGCGGCAACUUCCUGCCAUGGAUAUAUUAUAGGCGAGCACGGGGAUAGCAGUGUGCCGGUGUGGUCGGGCGUGAACAUAGCCGGAGUGCGUCUCAGCGACUUGAACCCCAAGAUAGGCACGGAAGAGGACCCCGAGGACUGGCAGCAGAUCCACCAGAGUGUGGUAAAAAGCGCCUAUGAGGUCAUCAAGUUAAAGGGCUACACCUCCUGGGCUAUCGGCCUGUCGCUGUCUCAGCUCGCCCGGACUAUACUCACUAAUGCUAACAGCGUUCACGCCGUGUCUACGUAUAUGAAGGGUGAGCACGGAGUAGAAGAAGAGGUGUUCCUGUCUCUCCCAGCUGUGCUGGGCCACAACGGAGUGGUGGACGUGAUCCGCCAGCCACUCACGGACAAGGAGGCGGAGCAGCUGCGACAAUCAGCGGCCCUCAUGGCGCAGGUGCAGGCCGGCAUCCAGUUCUGAACGCCAAUCAUAGCGACUUAUUCCCAGCCAUUUUAACUACAUGCCUUCGAUGUUGUCUUGUAUUUUUUAAGUAUUUGGAGUUGUUGCUCCAGUUGAUGUUUCGAUUUUAUAGGAGAUUUUAAUGAAUUUUGUAUUUGUCAGUAUUUUAUGUAUAAAAGUAUUAUAGAGCCAAAAUGUAAUUUACGUGUGUUUUUGUGUAAUUUUAAAUUAUUAUGACAUACAUUUUGACUAAUAAUAUAUUGUAACCCAGCUAGUUUAGAAUAUAGCUACUUAAUCUGUAUUUUUUUCUACUUAUUACAUUUUAAAAUUAUUCCUAAGCAUUUUAGGCAUUUUUUAUUAUACUAUUGCACUGAUUGUUCUCGUUUAUUCUCUCUAAGUAGGUAGUCCAAAAUUAAGGUAAGUACCUAAUAGGCAAGCAAUGCAUAAUUUCUGAGUAUUGCAUUUAUACUAAUUCGCAACUAAAGCACAUUUUUAUAACUUAAAUUUAUUAUAGCACAUAAUAUUUAUUGUGAACCGCUAGGUAAUUUACUUACUUACUAGUUUUCUAAGAUACAAUUUGCAUUUCAUAUUGUGUACUUUUUAUUGAAAAAUAAAUAAUAUUCUUGUGUACCAUCA